UAGUGCUAUUUAAUUUUAAGUUUGAUUAUGUUCUCAAUAGUUGGCAAUCACUUAUAACUAAAAUUGGAGUAAACAUUUUAUGAUGACUUUUUUAACACACCUGUUUGGUCACACUUUACAAAACUCUAAAUCUCUUGUAAGCUCUACUACUAGUAAUUUAGCAUGUGUGAGAUACGCAUCAAAAAAGGCUAGUAGUAGUACAAGAAAUUCACAUGGCAAUCGAAGACCAAAACAUAGAGGGUGGAGAGUACAAGAUGGGCACACUGUUCUGAAGUCAACAAUAUUAGCUACUCAACUGAGACCUAGGUUUCAUCCAGGGCUUUAUGUUGGUAUGGGUAGAGAUGGUACAUUAUACGCUUUGGAGCCUGGGAAAGUAGUGGUCACUUGUGAAAAGAUUAAUCCAAAUAUGAAACAUAAAUGGGCUCGGUUAAAUUAUGCAGGCAGAGAAGACAGUAUUAUAUAUAAAAAGUACUUUAAUGUUAUCCCUGAAAAACAACAUGACAGAUUUAAAGUAAUUGAUACUGUUUAGAUAAAUGUUUAUGACUGCAUUUAUCUUAUAAAUGAACAAUACAGGCACAUACAACUAGAAAUAGAAAAAUUGUUAUUUUCUUCUUUUAAUAGAUUCAGUCCUAUACAUUUGAAUGUUCUCAAAUAUUUUCAGGCAUAGUAUUUUCAGCCCAUUGAAAUGACUGGUACCUUACAUUAUUUUCAUCUUCAGAAAAGUAAGCAUAUACUUGUGUUUUUCGAACGUGACACGCAGUCCGACAUUGGGCUGAAAGUUCAGUUAUUGGAAUUUCAUCGCUUUUGUCUUUACAUAGAAUUAUAAAUUGAGAGUGAAACAUUAUAGGAUCUCCUAUAAGAAAUAAAAAUAUUUCAAUCUGUCAGUAAUAUUCAAAUAAAGAAAGUAUGAUGUAUAAUAUA